AUCGAAUUGGGAAACUCCUCCGGAAUCAAAAAAACUGAGUUAUGCAUCGAACUGUCUGAAAGUGUCAAUGACUUCAAUUCAUAGCUUCUCACCAAAAGUAAAUAAAAGUUGCAAUUCAUAGCUUUACCAGAUCUCUCUUCCUUGUCCCUCAAAUCGUUGAGAAAAAACAAGGCUUUGAUUCGUUUGGUUUAUUAAUCUCUCAUUGUCUUCCUAGUUUUCCCAUUCUCUGAAUCUCCAAUUCCAUUACCACGAAUGGCCAAGGACUAGAAUGAUCAGUGAACAACGACUACGAUCUUCCUUGUCUGGAGUUGUCCUAGAGAACUCAGGGCCAACCCUGCUUAUAACCGGGGCAUCUUCAGACCAGAGUCUUUAGAUUCAGUUUGGUACGAGAGAGAGAUUGCAGAAUUUUGUUUUGUUUGAAGAGCAAUGGACAAAUUGAGUGCUUUGGACUACAUCAACCAGAUGUUCCCCACAGAGGCCUCUUUGUCUGGUGUGGAGCCACUUAUGCAAAAGAUACAUAGUGAGAUUCGCCGUGUAGAUGCUGGAAUUUUAGCAGCAGUUCGUCAACAGAGUAAUUCAGGAACGAAAGCCAAGGAGGAUCUUGCUGCAGCUACGUGUGCUGUGGAGGAACUCAUGUAUAAGAUCCGUGAAAUAAAAAGCAAAGCUGAGCAAAGUGAAACAAUGGUUCAGAAAAUAUGCCGUGACAUUAAGAAGUUAGAUUUUGCGAAAAAACAUAUAACAACAACAAUCACUGCUCUCCAUCGUCUUACCAUGCUAGUUUCUGCUGUGGAACAACUUCAACUGAUGGCUUCAAAACGGCAAUAUAAGGAGGCAGCUGCACAACUAGAGGCUGUAAACCAGUUAUGUAGUCAUUUUGAAGCCUAUAAAGAUAUUCCCAAGGUCACUGAGCUCAGGGAGAAAUUUAAGAACAUAAAACAAAUUCUGAAGUCUCAUGUUUUCUCUGAUUUUUCAAGCUUAGGUACGGGGAUAGGAUUUUAGGAUUCAGAGUCUGAAGAAAGUAAUCUACUGCAGCAGUUAGCAGAUGCUUGCUUAGUUGUUGAUGCCUUGGAGCCAUCUGUAAGGGAAGAGUUGGUUCAAAAUUUUUGCAGCAGGGAGCUUACUUCAUAUCAACAGAUCUUUGAAGGAGUUGAACUAGCAAAGUUGGAUAAAACUGAAAGGAGAUAUGGUUGGAUUAAGCGUCGGUUAAGAACAAAUGAAGAAAUCUGGAAAAUAUUUCCUCCUUCAUGGCAUGUUCCUUAUUUGCUGUGUAUCCAGUUCUGCAAGUUGACAAGGACACAAAUUGUCGAGAUUCUUAAUAAUUUAAAAGAAAAGCCUGAUGUUGGGACAUUGUUGUUGGCACUGCAACGAACUCUAGAAUUUGAGGAAGAGUUAGCAGAGAAAUUUGGCGAUAGCACUCAUAGCAGAGAAACAGGAAAUGACAAUGAAGAAACAGGUAGAGGGGGCAACAACAGUCAAACUGUAUCAGAUAUUCGGAAGAAGUAUGAGAAAAAGCUUGCUGCACAUCAAGGAAGUGAGACUGAAGAGAAAGAUAGACAAAAAGAUUUGGUGCCAGGAGCUGGGUUCAAUUUUCAUGGAAUUAUUUCAUCUUGCUUUGAACCUCACUUGACGGUAUAUGUAGAACUGGAAGAGAGGACUCUUAUGGAGAAUCUGGAGAAACUUGUUCAGGAGGAAACAUGGGAUAUUGAUGAGGGAAAUCAGACAAAUAUUUUGUCCAGUAGCAUGCAGGUCUUUCUGAUUAUCCGGAGAAGCUUGAAGCGAUGCAGUGCAUUGACAAAGAGCCAGACAUUAUUGAAUUUAUUCAAGGUAUUUCAAAGAAUUCUUAAAGCGUAUGCUACAAAGCUUUUCGCAAGAUUGCCUAAAGGAGGCACUGGAAUUGUUGCAGCUGCCACUGGCAUGGAUGGACAAAUAAAGACAUCUGAUAGGGAUGAAAGAGUGAUCUGUUAUAUCAUUAAUACAGCAGAAUAUUGCCAUAAAACGUCUGGUGAAUUGGCUGAAAACGUGUCCAGUAUAAUCAAUCCUCAAUUAGCGGAUGGAGUGGAUAUGUCUGAAGUGCAGGAUGAAUUUUCAGCUGUAAUCACAAAAGCAUUGGUAACAUUAGUGCAUGGUCUGGAGACGAAAUUCGACGCUGAAAUGGUUGUAAUGACACGGAUUCCAUGGGGUACCCUUGAAAGUGUUGGCGAUCAAUCAGAGUAUAUCAACAGCAUAAAUAUGAUCCUUACUAGUAGUAUUCCUGUCCUUGGAAGUCUUCUUUCUCCUAUCUACUUCCAGUUCUUCUUAGAUAAGCUUGCAUCAUCUCUUGGUCCACGCUUCUAUGCCAAUAUUUUCAAGUGCAAGCACAUAUCAGAAACAGGAGCCCAACAAAUGUUGUUGGACACUCAAGCUAUAAAGACAAUUCUUCUAGAUAUUCCCUCCCUUGGAAGACAGACGUCAGGUGCUGCUAGCUACUCAAAAUUUGUAAGCCGUGAGAUGAGUAAAGCUGAAGCUCUCUUAAAGGUUAUUCUAUCCCCUGUUGACUCUGUGGCUGAUACAUAUCGGGCACUGCUACCUGAAGGAACAACUUUGGAGUUUCAGCGGAUUCUGGAGCUUAAGGGCAUGAAGAAAGCAGACCAGCAAAGUAUUCUGGAUGAUUUUAACAAACAUGGGUCCGGGAUUAAUCAACCACCACAUAUGGUUGCCCAAUCAGUUGUUGUCCCGUCUGUACCCACUGCUCCUAUGGCUUCUACCAUGUCAACUCCAGGCUCAGUUGGAGUUAUUGCUUCGCGAGAAGAUGUGCUAACGAGAGCAGCCGCCCUUGGGAGAGGUGCAGCUACAACCGGGUUCAAGAGGUUCCUUGCCCUAACUGAAGCUGCAAAAGACCGCAAGGAUGGGCCUUUCAGGAAGCUCUUUAAUACAUGAGGAAUGCUUCUGUAUAUUUUACCGAUUUAAUUCAUAUAGCAAGUAACAAUUUUUGUGUCAAAUAACGUGUAAAUUGUCUGAACAUUUUGCCGAGCUUUUUGAGUAAUUCAAAGGAGGGGAGGAAAAAUAAGGGAAAGAUGAUAAGCAAAGAUUUUCCAACUUCACGUAUACAUUUGACAUUGUAUCUAUCUAUAUGCAUGCAUAUAUGCAAGGAGACGGAUAUCUUAUCUGUAAAUUACAAAUUCAACAUAGGAAUGACAUCCCUCUGUCGCAAGUUAAUUGCUCCAUAAUGUAUGUUCGUUACAUAUAACUAGCUUGUAUUAAUUGAGGGGCUUGGUUGAGCCAAGGAUAGAAUUUCAUGAA